UGACGUCGCUUGUGGUGGUGGCAAACAUUAGCGACCGGAGUGGCAGCGGACGGAGGAGAGGGGUUCCCCUGGAUUUUCUUUUUUUUUUUCUUUAUUUUUUUUUUUAAACGCAGAAUCCAGCAAAAUACAAGUAUCAACACCCCUGGGAACCACGGGGGAACUCAACCGGGCACCCGCUGGACUGCGUUGAGAGCAGCCAUGUCAGAGGAGGCGGUGCGCCAAACGCGCAGCCAGAAGAGGGCCAUGGAGAAGGACAGCACGGGAGACGUGGACUCCAAACGGGUCAAGAUGGAGAAAGGGGACGGCGAGGGAAGCCCCUCGGACCUGGACAGGGCCGAAGCGGAGGGCGACACACUGAAGAGCGAGCCGUCGACCAAGUUGGCGGCCGGCAUUUUAAAAAGCGGGGAGGUGAAGGCCACCAUCAAGGUGGAAGUGCAGACGGGGGACGAGCCUGUUGAUAUGAGCACAUCCAAAAGUGACGUCAAGAGAGAGCGCCAGCCGCCAUCACCAGACGACGUCAUCGUGCUGUCAGACAACGAGCCGUCCAGUCCCCUGAUGAACGGCCACUGCUUCAGCAAGACUGACACAGAAAAACUUAUGAAGAGUUCUCCCGAGGAACGGGAGCAAAUCAUCAAACAGCUCAAAGAAGAGCUCCGACUCCAAGAAGCCAAGUUGGUGCUGCUUAAGAAACUACGACAGAGUCAGAUUCAGAAGGAAAGCACGGCUCAGAAGGUGUCUGGAUCUGUGGCAACCCCUCCUCCCUUGGUAAGAGGCAGCAAAGGGCCCCUUCAGGUAACAGGUCGCAGCUCAGGCACGGUGAUCCCUCCGCCUCUGGUGCGGGGCGGUCAACACGUCCCGUCCAAACACGGCUCUCAGACCGCCAUGCCUCCUCUGGUCCGAGGAGCCCAGCCUGUAAGCGUGACUCCCCAGCAGAUCGCCAGCCUGCGUCAGCAGCAGCAGCAGCACGGCGGCGGCUCGGGCCCGCCUCCGCUGCUGCUGGCUCCGCGGGCAUCCGUGCCCAACGUCCAGGUCCAAGGACAGAGGAUCAUUCAGCAGGGCCUCAUCCGGGUGGCUAACGUGGCCAACAGCAAUAUAUUGGUCAACAUCCCGCAGGCGUCUCCAACGGGCAUGAAAGGCUCUUCAGCGUCGCCCAACUCUGGCAUUAACGACUCGCCCGCCAGUCGCCAGGCCGCUGCCAAGCUCGCGCUUCGCAAGCAGCUGGAGAAGACGUUACUGGAGAUCCCGCCGCCCAAACCUCCUGCCCCCGAGUUCAAUUUUCUACCCUCCGCCGCCAAUAAUGAGUUCAUCUACUUGUUGGGGUUGGAGGAAGUGGUGCAAAAACUCCUGGACAUGCUCGGUAGAGGCAAUCUAGGUCCAACAGCCGGCAUGUCCAGCUCCAUUUCCAAAGAGCCGCACACCUGCACCCAGUGUAAAACCGAUUUCACCUCCCGCUGGAGGAAGGAGAAGGCCGGGAGCAUCCUGUGCAACCAGUGCAUGUCGUCCAAUCAGAAGAAGGCUCUGAAGGCCGAGCACACCAGCCGGCUGAAGGCGGCCUUCGUCAAGGCUCUGCAGCAGGAGCAGGAGAUCGAGCAGCGCAUCCUCCAACAGGCCACCACCUCCUCUGCCACGCCCGUCUCCAAAACCACCUCAUCCUCUUCUUCGAUGUCCAAAAGCGAGGUGCUGAUGUCUCACCAGUACAAGCAGGUCCGAGCCGCCAUGCCGCACAGAUCUGUGAUGGGACAUCACUCUGCUAUUAAGCAAGUAAGCACCGUUUGGCGGACAAGCCCGUUUGUCGUGUCGCCGUAUUUUGCCGCCGCUUGUUCACCUCGGCGUCAUUCCUCGCAGCUGCAGAGCGCAGUGACGGCGGCGGCGUUGAGCAGCAGGCCAAGUAAGCACGGGGCGUCGGCGCGCUCACUCCAGCAGGGGGUGAAGGUCAGCGCCGGUGGCAGCAACAGUAACCAGGGCAACGUGACUGCCUGGAGGAAGAGCAGCGGCAAUGCAGGUGUGACCAUGGCCUACGUGAAUCCCAGCUUGUCCGCCCACAAGACCACCUCGUCUGUGGAGCGCCAGCGCGAGUACCUGCUGGACAUGAUCCCCUCCCGCUCCAUCUCCCAUGCAGCCAAUACAUGGAAAUAAUGCCUCCCCCACCCUGUCCUCCAUUUCCAUUCUUAUUCCCCUCUUGUAACAUCUAUGAUAGCCAUGAUGCACCCACCCACCCACCUAUAAACAUAAUCAUUCUAAUCCUUUCUAUGAACAUGAUGCAGGGAGGUCAAUCCGCCUUCUGUUUUUUGUUUUGAAGCGGAGACGUUCCUCCAUUUCCUUGUGGGCCCAUUCCCCAAGUCUGGGAUGGAAGAAUUGUGUCCAGGACCCCCCCCCCCUCCUCUCUCCUCCAAGGUGGUUUGGAUUCAAAAAAAAUUUUUUGGUCGACCUUAGAGUGGGAGCACCCGUGGAAUUCCCAAAUUCCUCCGUCUAUGGAUUAGACCGGGGGCAGAUAUCAAGAUUAUUAUUAUUAGACACAACAGAAGACACGCCUUAGCCCGGUGUGGUUUCUGAACUGCAGAUCUCGUCACAGGGAUUGUUCGAUCUUCAAGGAUCAUCGAAGAAAUGACUUCAGCUUUGCAAAAAAGAAUAAGAAAAAAACAACUAAGACUGCGCACACAGACUGCCUCUUCUCUUCAAGCUCCAGCGAGUACGGCAGAAAAGCCAACGUGUGUCUGAUUUUUUUUUUUUUUUUUGUAUGGCGGAAUGUUAGGAUUCUUGUCUGUGUUCAAUUUUGUGUUUUUUUUUUUCUCUUCCUAAUAUUGUGCUCCUCCAACGUUUUGGAAGUUACCUCACGCCGAGGUUGGAAUUAUACCGGCUCCCGUUACUGUUGAAGGUGGUUUUACAUCUGCUGCUUUCCACAUUGCCGACUUUUAAAUCCGUAGACAAAAAAAAAAAAAACGUUUCAUUGAAUAUUGUAACGGAGCCUUUUGUAAUAUUUUGAGGACUGUUGUUGAGGAAAGAAACUUCCAAAGAACUCAUGGAGCCCAAAUGAAAUCCCUUCGGCUAGAAGGUUUGGAGUUUAUUUGAAGCCUCUCUGGAGUAAACACAUGAUGUCAUGCUAAAACUGGAGGGGGGUUGUCAGGAAUGUCAUUUUGUGACAUGAUUUAUUAUUAUUAUUUGCUUUUAGUCCUUUAGGUUGUGGUGCAUUGUUUUCUUCUCUAGACACAAUUGUCUUUGGCUUUUAUUUAUAGGGUCACGCUAUUAGUAAAGACAUGCGUGUGAAUUGAUCCCUGUCAAAAAAACGCUGGACAGCUUUCAGAAUGUAGCGAUGCAAACAAACACCCUCCAGGAAGUCUUUGAACCAGUCAGCUUCUACACAGAACCCCCCCCCCCAAAAAAAAACCCAUUCAUAAUUAACAUUUGUAAAAUUUUGGCAGCACGGGAGCCAAGUGGUCAGCACAUCUGCAUCACAGUUUGGAGGUACGGGGUUUGAAUAUCACCUUUGGCCUUCCUGUGUGGAGGACAUUCCAAAAUAACAUGCAUAUUAAUUUUAUGGAAGAUUUUCCAUAAGUGUGAAUGUUUGUGUAUAUGUGCCUUGUGAAUAGAUGGCAACUACUUCUGGCUGUACCCCACUUCUCGCCAAAAAUCGAAAGCUCCAGCUCACCUGUGACUCAAACGAAAAGUGAUAUUAAAAUUCUUAUAUGGAUUUGUUUUUUUGUAAUUUAGUACACAUUUGAAACAAAUUGAAUGAUCCAAAAUGGCUUCCUCGUUUCACUUUGGAUUUGAGCUCCCAUGUCCUAAAAUCCACGAGGGAAACAUCGCAGGUUGUCUCUACAUUCCUGAAAGGCAAAAAAACGUGCAGCAACAGCCCACAUUUUGUGAAUGCAAACGAUUGAAAUCAACAUCAUUCCGUUUGUUGGUGGAAAAAUGUAGCCAAACCCACACUGAAAAGAAAAAGAUGUAUAAGGAGUCAUUUGUUUUUUUCACCCCCCCCCCUCUAUUAAAUAAUAAAAACUAAUUUUAACCCUA